AUGAAUGAAAGUGCGCGCGCUGCACACAUCAUCAAACAUGGCAUGUUGCCUUUUCGAAUGAUUUCAAUUGACGUGAAUUUUAAAAAUCUCGAGUUUUGCUAUGAAUGUAUUGAGCCAUUGGCUGGCUCCUCCUCUUUCUGCAUCGUCAGAAGAUGUGAAAAUCUUUCCACCCUGCUGCUUGGCGACCAGACCGCUGAUGCUCUUGUCCCGCUUUCCGAUCGGAAUGACGGCAACAAUCAGCUUGCCAUUUAUGGCCAGAUGGUUUCCACUGCCCAGCCGCUGCAACUUCGCCAGCUGCUGGGGCUUGUUGCGGCCCAAAAGAGCAUCGCAGGCAUCCUGCUGACCAUCAUUGUUUACAUGCUGCUCUUUUUUCUGGGUUUCAUCUAUUUUUUUGUGCGAAGGCGCUCCAAAAAGACCAGGGCUUCUCAGCCUUUUGUGCAGUCGCAGCUGGUCAUCUUUACAGACGAGGUGCUGGGGUAUGGUUCACAAGGCACCGCCGUUUUCCGAGGCGUAAUUUGCGAGCGGACAGUGGCCGUCAAGCGCAUAGUACUACCGCCAGGAAACCGCCCAGAAAUGCGGCUGAUCGAGAACGAAAUCAACAUCCUACAAUCAUCCGAUCACCACCCAAACGUGAUCCGCUACUUUUACCAUGAAGUGCGCGAUUCGUUCAUGUACAUUGCAUUGGAGCUGUGCGCUUGCUCGCUACUGGACUUGUUCCAAGAUAGCCCCAACGCCGUUUCAUUGAUGGGAUCUAAAUUUCCAGCCAUCACACUGGGAAUGGUACGGGGACUGUUUCAGGGCAUUGAACAUCUGCACACAAUGUUGCGGAUUGUGCAUCGCGACAUAAAGCCUUCCAAUGUGCUUCUGCCGCCUGCCGGAGACAAGCUACUGCUUGCCGACUUUGGGAUCGGGAAAAUCUUGGCACCAGAAGGCUUUUCCAGCACACAUGCAAUGCGAACCAUCUGCGGAACUUCUGGGUGGAGAGCUCCAGAGCUGAUUUUACUUGGACAUGGGGACGACAAGGCAAUCAAAAGUGCCUCCGCCUUUGCAUCGGACGUUUUUUCGGCGGGCCUUGUACUAUUUUACAUCCUGACAGGCGGCAUGCAUCCAUUUGCAAUGGGGGGUAUCGUUUCCCACGAUGCUGGGUCCGUUUUAGACGACCAUCAAACCGAUCCGGCCAGUUUUGAUGAUGCUGCCGAGCUUUCAGAUCAUCAGGUCCAGUAUGAGGAAAGCAUUAGCACUGACAGUGAAGACCAAAUGGCUAACGAUGAUUCCGUUGCUGCAGGCGAUGCUUCUCCUUGUUCGAGUCGGGUCUGUCUUGAGGGCCCGUUCAGGCAUUUGGCUCCUGCUCUUGUUGAGGCCUCGAUUCUACAAGGUGUACAUGAUCUUGGGUCAUUGGACACUUCGCAAAGACCUUUUUUCUUUUCCACAACUGAAGCAGCAGACAUCAUCAGGAGAAUGCUGCAGAAAGAUCCACGAAGCCGUCCAACAAUGGCACAAGUGUUGGGGCAUCCGUUUUUUUGGACAGCUGCACAGAAACUAGACUUUCUUUGUGACAUUUCCGACUGCCUUUCUGCGGACGAUACGGAGGAUUCCAGAUCCACACGAGAAGCUCUUGCUCGUUCAUUGGCAGCUGCCUGGCGCCAGUCGAUCAAAGAUUAUGGUACUGGUGGAGCGCCGGCAGCUACAUCUUUACGCAUGGAUACGAUGGUAAAACCGUUCGCGCAAGACUGGCUACAACCGCUCUCUCCGGCAGUGCGAAAAUCAAUCCUUGAAGACCGGCGGCGCAGAUAUAAUGGAUCGCGAAUCGCUGAUUUGCUUCGCGCGAUCCGAAAUCGCCGAAGCCAUUUCAUGGAGCUUGAUGUGUCACAAAAGGCAGAGCUUGGCGCACCUCCAGAAGACUUUUACAGCUAUUGGGCCGUUCGCUUCCCUUUCCUGGUGAUGAUGUGCUGGAGUGAAUUCUUCCGCUCAGGACUAUUGGACAGACCUCGCGAGCGUAGCUUGCGUGCAUACUACUUGCCCUGGCUUGGUUCGCCAUAA